AUGCGCAAUCCUCACAAAUUAAGUACGCUGAACCCGAGAAAUGAAAAUAACAGAGAAAGAACGAAAUUGAAACAACCAAAAUUCAACACCAUAAUCCGAUUAAUGCCAUUUUUCAACGUGAAAUUUUUCCACAACAGAACACAAAAAAUGAUUUAUGCAAUUGCCAGGGUGAAUCAUAUCAUCAGCUUAACUAUAUUGCAUGUGCAAUGUCAUGUGUGCAUUUUCAGGGGUUACUCAUCAAACACAUGUCAAAAUUUCGGCUCGUGCCACCAAAAUAUGAGUUGA